CUUAGUACGAUUGUUGCAGAUUUAAGUCUAUCGAAGUAAAGUGGUGGUAUUUUCCUUUGAUAUUGGAGCAGUUUGCUAGAAUCUUUGCAUUACAUAUUUAAAUACUAAUAUCAUGUUUUGUCUAAGAAAAGAAGUGCUGUGGAUUAGUUUUAUGUACUUGUUGUACGUGUCUUACGCCUCUAAAGACAAGGAAUUUACAAAGGAAGGGCUUAUCAAUGUAUUCAGUAACGAUUUUAAUCACGAGAGUCAUAGGAAAGUUGAAAAAGAAUUGUCAAGGUCAAAGCGACUUAGUGAAUUAAAUGUAACUAAUACCAGCGAGCCAAACUCUACAACGACGACUGAAAAGCCUAAUACUUCACUCAGUUCCUCUUCAGAAAGUCCUCAUGUGGUGUUUGAAAUUGGACCUUCUGAUUCUAGUAUAUUAUCUGUAGUGGCAGUGAAUUCAUCAUCUUCAAUGGCUACACCUAAUGCCUCAGUCCCUAGCCCAUCUGAUCCUGCUCCUUUACCAGGGAAGAGUUCUGCUGAAGAUGAACAUAACAGUUCUAUGGCCAUAUUUUUUGUACUCUGUAUUCUUGCACUUGGUAUAUUAUUGAUACAUCUUAUGCUACAGACUGGUUUUUCAUAUUUACCUGAAAGUGUCGUAAUUGUAUUUCUUGGUGCUUUAAUUGGUAUGGUUAUCAACCUUAUGUCUAUAAAAAAUAUUGCAAAUUGGAGAAAAGAAGAAGCAUUUUCUCCUACUGCUUUCUUCCUUGUACUGUUGCCUCCAAUUAUUUUUGAAUCUGGCUAUAAUCUUCAUAAAGGAAACUUUUUCCAAAAUAUUGGAUCAAUAUUGUUAUUUGCUAUUGUGGGAACUGCAAUAUCUGCUUUUGUCAUUGGAGCUGGUAUAUAUCUGUUAGGAUUGGCUCAAGUUGUGUACAAAUUGAGCUUUGUAGAGUCAUUUGCAUUUGGUUCUCUUAUAUCAGCUGUUGAUCCUGUUGCCACUGUGGCUAUUUUCCAUGCUCUGGAUGUCGAUCCGGUUCUCAAUAUGUUGGUUUUUGGUGAGAGUAUACUCAAUGAUGCAGUGGCUAUUGUGUUGACAACUGCUGUGCUAGACUCAAAUGACCCUUUGAUGUCCACUGGGGAAGCUAUUCUGUCAGCUAUAAAUCGUUUCUGGCUAAUGUUCUUUGCUUCUGCUGGCAUUGGCGUUCUAUUUGCUUUAGUAAGUGCUCUAUUACUCAAACAUGUUGAUUUACGGAAGAAUCCAUCACUUGAAUUUGGCAUGAUGUUAGUGUUCACUUAUGCUCCAUAUGUUUUGGCUGAAGGAAUACAUCUGUCAGGCAUUAUGGCAAUACUUUUUUGUGGAAUUGUGAUGUCACAUUAUACUCAUUUCAACUUAUCAACUGUAACUCAAGUCACUAUGCAACAGACAAUGAGGACUUUGGCCUUUAUUGCUGAGACUUGUGUUUUUGCAUAUUUGGGAUUGGCUAUAUUCAGCUUUCGGCAUCGUGUUGAACCAGCUUUGGUGGUAUGGAGUAUUGUAAUGUGUCUCCUUGGAAGAGCUGCCAAUAUCUUUCCCCUUGCUCUUUUAUGCAACAAGUUUAGAGAACAUAAGAUAACAAAAAAGAUGAUGUUUAUAAUGUGGUUUAGUGGUCUAAGAGGUGCAAUUUCGUAUGCUCUGUCUCUACAUCUUGGUUUUUCGGAUGAAACUCGUCACGUUAUCAUCACAACUACACUUAUUAUAGUACUAUUUACGACAUUAUUCUUUGGAGGCUCUACAAUGCCUCUGCUUAAGUUUUUAAGGGCUAAUAAAAAAUCAAAGCGGUCGCGAUCUCUACGCAAACAAAAAGAAGUGAGUCUAUCAAAAACAAAGGAAUGGGGCCAAACAAUUGAUUCUGAGCACUUGUCUGAAAUAACUGAAGAGGAGUUGGAGGUGAACUAUUCCCAUGCUACGAGAUUAAGAGGAUUUGUGAGGUUGGAUAUGAAAUAUUUGACACCUUUCUUUACAAGACGAUUCACACAUCAGGAACUUAAGGAUUGUAAGAGUCAGAUGACAGAUCUUACUAACCAAUGGUAUCAAGCGAUUAGGAUAUCUAAUGAUCGAGAAACCGAUGAGGAUGAGAGUUUGGAGCCGAGCUCACUAUCAAACUCACGAAGCAGUUUACAAAGAGGCGUGUAAAUAUAUAAUAUAGCUAAUUCAUUUAUAGUCAAACGUAUAGUCAAAAAUAACAUAAAAUUAUACUUGUUAAAGUGGAGCCAAAUUUUAAAAUAAGAUCAUCAAGAAAUAGGUUAAAAUAAGAUAUGUGUUUACUAAACAUUUUUGUGAUUAUUAAUUCCGAUAAUUUUUAUGUUUACUCAUUUUAUUACACUUUGAUAAUAAUCACAUAACACGAUCCAAUAGACUUAUGAUCGUGUUAUGUGAGCUGAAGUACGAGUGCUCUUCUAGACUUUAUGCCGUCCGCAUACGGUUCAUCAGCGUCGAAAUUCUUUAUGCCGUCCAUCGACGUAAGGUCAGAUCAGAUCAUUGAAGCAUCGAGCAGACUGGCUUUGUAAUAAAAAGAAUAGAACUGAUUUAUUCUCAUUUCUACCGACUUGAUCUAGCGCAUAA